AUGUCGAUAAUUAUAAUCGGCCUUGCACUGGUUCUUCUCUAUCCAAUCGCCAAAGGACACGAUACCACAAAAGAUUCCACCUAUGGCGAAUUGCCAAAUCACAAGGACGGUUAUAAAAACUUGCCUGAUUUUCAGGGUAGUAAUCAUGGUUAUAAAGAAUUGCCUGAUUACAAGGAUUGUAACCGCCGCCAAGAAGAUGUGCGUCAUCAUGCGGGUUAUAACCAUGAUCAGGAAGAUUUAUGUGAUGACAAAGAUUAUAACUGCGGGUAUAACGAACUGCCUGAUCGCAAGGGUUAUAAUCGCCGCCAAGAAGAAUUGUCUAACCACAAUGGUUAUGAUAGCAGGCAAAAAGAAUUGCCUGACCACAAGGUUUAUAACCCCCACCAAGAAGAGUUGUCUAAUCACAUGAGUUAUGAAAGCAGGCAGAAAGAAUUGCCUGACCACAAGGGUUAUAACUCCCGUCAAGAAAAGUUGUCUGAUCAGAAGGGUUAUGACCUUGACAAUAAGGAAGUAACUGGAAACAAGGGUUAUAGCCGUGACAAUGAAGAAGUGACUGACAACAAGGGUUAUAGCCGUGGCAAUGAAGAAGUGACUGACAACAAGGGUUAUAACCGUGACAGUGAAGAAGUGACUGACAACAAGGGUUAUAGCCGUGGCAAUGAAGAAGUGACUGACAACAAGAUUAGUUUGGGCGUAAUUCAACUUUUCACAUGUAUCUCAAUUCGGUUUUAUUAG